AUGGAUGUUUAUAAGCUAGAUCAAUCGACUAUCGGUUCGACUAUCGGAAAUGCUCCGCCGCCGGAAAAAAUUCAGCCCCAAGUGACCUUCGAUGCUGGGGCAGAAUUUAACCUGAGCUUUUUUGACAAUCCAGACGAUCACGAAAGCACUCAAGGAUUCAGCGAUCCGGGUUCGGUGGGUUCGGUACCGGAACCAUCACCUCCGCCACCUCCUACAUCAACACAACCAACAACUCACCAACAGGGAACUUCGUCAUCAUCGAAUUUAAAUUUGGUACAACUUCAACCCCCGACAUCGAGCAAUAAUUCAAAACAAGAAAUGGAAAAACUCGUCUGGGAAAUCAAAAAGCAGACGCAUGCUCAAAAUACUUUAGUUACCCAUUCGAGAAAAAUCAAUGAAUUUACCUGA